CAAUAGUUUAUAGUGGUUGUGUGUAGGGCACGGAGAGAUUGUCUGGAUUUAGUGAAAAACGAGUUGAUCAAACAGCUGCAGGAUGAACAGCGCAGCGGCGUACCCCCCUCCCUCCGCCCCCCCGGCCAACAUGUUUGGCAACGUGCCCGGCUAUGAAGACAUCAUGUCAGGAGGAGGAGGUUACCUGCCCCCUCCCAUGCCCCUCGAGCCUAUAGCCCCGCCCCAACCAGGCCCCACACCUGACAACUGGAACAUCCCGUCUAUGUCUGAGGAUGAGGCCCGUGAGGCAUUCAAGAGCUAUGUGUCAGCUCAAUGCUGCUAUAGAAGCGGUCCUGCUGAAGAUGGAGUCAUCACCAACACGGAGCCAUCCAACACGUACAGGUACCGGCUGGAGACGUUCACCGAGUCCAGGUUGACUGAGUGGGCCACCAAACCUCAUGAAGGUGAGCCGGCUGACUUCUACACUGAGACCGCCCCCCGGCCCUGGGAGGUUCAGGCCACGCCUCCCAACCUCUUCACCAAUCACACACAGGAGAUCCGUGUGCCCUACACCGCCUCCAUAAAGGACUGCCACAGCUGCCAUGCCACAGGGACGAUGCCGUGUGAGGAGUGCCAUGGAAAUGGAUAUAAACAAUGCUGGGUGUGUAACGGCAGUGGGUCGAAGUCUGACGAGAACUGCAGCCACUGUAAUGGUACUGGCAAAGACAGAUGUUCAGAGUGCAAUUCCCAUGGAACGAAGGAUUGUGAAACUUGUAAAGGAAAACGACAACUGCUGACCUACAUCAAGCUCAAAGUGGAGUGGACUAACAAUAUGGAGGACCACGUGGUGGAGCAGAACUCUGGUCUGACGGCUGAUCUUAAAUCAGUGACUGGAAAGGAGCUGUUCAAGAACAGCCAGUACCUGCUCUACCCAUUAAUCGGGUUCCCAAACCCGGUUAUCGCUGAAGCUUCUCAGCGUCUGGUCACAGAGCACCAAAGCAAGUACGCCCAGAAUUCCAGGAUCCUGCAGCAGAGGCAGACAGUCGAGUUGAUCCCCAUCACUAAAGUGAACUACAAGUGGAAAGGUGACUCCUACACCUACUAUGUCUAUGGCAACGAGCGCCAAGUCAGUGCCGACGAUUACCCGGCGACUUGCUGCUGUGUCAUCAUGUAAACACACAGCUCACCUCAGCUGUUACUCUCAUUAUUGUUUCUCUUUUGAAAAAUCACCCCUCCCCCCAGGGCAACUUUUAACCAAUCCCUGCAUCAAUCAAGAUGCAAAAAAAAAAGGUUCAAUCAGGAGAAUGAUUGCAACCACUCAAACAUAUAUAUCAUUAUAUAUAUAUAAAUAUAUCAAUCUUACCUGCUUUCAGGAGCAGCUAUAACAUGUUAAUCCAUUGGUUCCCAAAUGCUGGAGUCCUACCUGUGUAGUAAGUUAUACUUUCUACAGCAUACAUACAGAUAUACAUAGACAUUAAUAUCUCCACAGCUACUGGAUGGAUUGCCAUGAAGUUUAGUACAUACAUUCAUGUCCCAUUAAGGAUGAAUUAUAAUCACUUUGGUGAUCAUUUGACUUUUAAGAUGGGGCCAUCAUCAUUUCAAAAUUAUAAUUUGGCCAAUACUUUGGUUUAUACCUUGGCAAAUACCUGCAAAAACACAGACAUUCCUCACAGUCUCAGCUGCACUUUGUGUUUAGUGCUAAUUAGCAAAUGUUAGCAUGUUAAUAUGCAAAACUACAGACAGUGAACAUGGUCAACAUUAUACCUGGUAAACAACAACAUGGUAUCAUUGUCAUUGUGAGAAUAUUAGCAUGCUGACUUUAGCAUUUAGCUCAAACCACGACUGUGCCUCAGAACAGCCUCACAGAGCAGUAGGGCCCUACUGUAACUCCACCCAUUUGGGAAUCAGUGCCUCAAACAAGUGUUAUGGGGGUUACUUUCACCUGAACCAACACCUAAACCAACCCUGACACUGAAGCAGUCACCUCCUGCUGCGCACUUAGAAAAAGACACCCUGGAGGGAAUGGAUAUAUGUGUUUGUCUUUGUGUUCCCAGAAACUAUUGCUCAGUUCUGGCUCUCUACCUCCGGUUAAAGUGCUGUGAUGCUCCAUCAGGCGUCCCAAUGACAGAAAAUGAUGGAACUGUACUCUGUCAUAUCAAGAAUUAAAUUUGAACUAGAUUAAUUUGUAUUUAUUGACAUCAAGAACUGAACUAGAAUUUUAACUUUAUAAAAUCUUGUCCCUUAUGUAAAGGGGGGAAAAAAGUAAGUUCAACCAGCCAACUGUAGUCUCCUCUGUGUGUCUGUGUGGACGCUUGACAGUGCAUCAUGUCUCUGACUCUAUGAACACUUACCAAAGGCAGUUUUCUAUUACAAAACACUUUUCCUCAACAGUUUACUGAAAACACAUGCCAGUGUGUCAAUUGAUGUCCUCAGUAUUGCAAGGAAACCUCAUAUAACCUCAAGAACAAAAAAGUCCAUCUGACUUCCUUUUGAGGCCUUAACCUUUUAUAAGAAGCCGUGGAGCUGCCAGAAACAGAAUAAAGAGCAGCAGGGAAAAACAGGAAAUAUGAGAUUUUCUUCUGACUGAAGUGAAUACAGUAUGUGUGUUAUAUAACACUUUACCUGUGUGUAAUGGGAUAGCAGAGGAGGGUUAGGGGUUUGAAUCUGAAAUAUUGUUAAUAGAAUAAGAACAGACUCUGUUUCACUUGGUUCCUACUUCGGUUCUUCUUCUGUGGUUUAAUGUUACAUAAAGGUCAAAACCACUUCAAUGUUUAAACUGUGGAGAACUGAGGUUUGUGACUCCAGACACAAAAUAAGUCCCAGUUUUUUUGUUUUUCCUGAGGAAGUGGCUAUUGGCACAGUUUCCUCCGUGUCAAUGGUCCAUUUACUUUUGGUAUGGAAGUAUUACCCAUGCACAUCAGUAUUGAUUGUGCAAGACUACGUGAUCGUAUCCAAAUUGUUCCAAAAUGGAGGAAUAUUUUUAUUUGUAGGUGAUAUGUCAAUCCUCCCCAUGGUUUGGGUUAAAUUGGUUAGCUUUAGUGACAUAAACCACUUGGUUAGGGUUAGUGAAAGAUCAUGGUUUGUGUUAAAAGAGUAAAAUACAGGAAAACAGAAAAAAGUGCUGUUUAAUGUCACUAAAAAGCCAGAUGACAGUCAGAAUGUCCAGUAAAAACCUGCCAUUUAACGACACUUAAAUGCCAGAUGGGAUGGUGGAAAAUGUCCAGUUAGUGGUUUACAAGAGGUUUUGCAAUAAAUUCCAGAAACCCACUCUGUACCACCAGAACAAACCACUAUCAGCACGGAAAACCAGUCCGGACCAAAAGCCUGUAGACUACUGGCAUGGGAUCCCAUUCUGUGUUAGUAGUCGGUAAAUUAUAGCUGUAGCCAGUGGCAGUUAUUAUAAUGGUUAGCUUUAGCGACGUAAGCCACUUAGUUAGGGAAAGAUCAUGGUUUGGGUUAAAACAGUAAAAAACAGUAAAAAUGUGCUGAUCAACAGCACUAAAAAGCCUAACAUGACGGUCAGAAUGUCCAAUUACAAAAAUGUGCCUUUUAACGAAACUAAAAUGCCAGAUGAGAUGGUAAAAAAAUGUCUCCAAGAGAUCCAGCAGUAAAUUCUGGAAACCUAUUCUGUAGCACCAGAAAGAAAUUACUAUCAGCGCGAAAAACAGCCUGUGGACUACUGGCAAUGGGUCCUGUUCUGUGUCAGUAGUCGGUAAAUUAUAACUGUAGCUGGUGCCUUUUCUUAAGGCCCAGUCAGACAGAAAAUUCAUCCUUGCAUCUUUAUUAAAAUUAAGUAUCUAUGAGCUUGGUGAUGUAGUGACUCCACACAGGACUAGCUGGUGAACUGUAUCUGCCAGCUCACUGCUAAUAUGCCAGCCAACCAGAAAAAUGCAUGCACUAUUUAUAUGCUUUAGUCUGUGCUGUUUGCUCCUCCUUCAUUCAUUAAAUAAAGGGUUAUUGAAACAUUAACUUAGUCGUUAGGGAGAUGAUAAGCUCACAGUUGAUUUGAGAGAUGUGUUUGUAGUAUCAUGUCUCUGUUAUGGAGCAGUUUACACCCUGACAGCACAGAUACAGAUUAAAGAAAAUAAGAGGGUGACACACAGCUGAUACAGCUGAGUUAACUUCCUUUAUUUUGGACUCUGUGGCUGGUCAAAGUUCACCAAAGUCAAAUGUUAAGUGGAAAAACAGAUUACCUAAACCACUGGUCACGUAAAAUUAGUUCAUUUCUAUAAAUUCACUCAGUAGAUUAACAAAAAUGUAGGUGUUUUAAAUUCUUAUGCGACUGGACAUUACAGUUCAGUAAACGUCUGGCAGGCUGAAUGAAACUUAUUAGUGUGAUUUCUGUGUUGAAAGACAAAUCCAUUAUGUUCUGUGGGAAACAAAAAGUGUGACAUGAUGUUUUUCACAUUCAGUUGUAAUGAUAGCAAACAAAAAGUGUUAAAACAGUGUUCCUUAAUGUUUAAUCUUGCUGCUUUUUAAGAACUAAUGACAUCAUCGCUUCAACAUAUCAACAUGAUAAAUGUUUGUAUUAUUGCCAAACUAAACUUUCAUAUUUCCUGUUUUGCAUGAAGUGAAUUUAAGCCUGAAUGCUUGCUUCUUCCUCACCGUGGCUCUCAGCCUAUUAGCUGGUAGAAAGAAAGAAAGAAGGAAGGAAGGAAGGAAGAUGGAAUAAUGGCUGUGGCCAUCAGAAGGGAGUUGCUGAAAAAUUGGGUGCAGCUGGAGCAAUCCUGCAGCAACCACAAACUGAUGGUGUCCUGUGCCAACCUUGAAUCUAAAUAUGUUAAUAAGUCUUUUAUGCCUUGAGCUGAGACAAUUUUAAAAAACCUUUAGCCUUAUAAAAAGUCUUUCAAUGAACAAUGCUGUUUUUGUUGGAUCUCAAAAAGGUUCUUGGAGAUUCAUGUUUUCUACCUGACAACAGCAGUUUUAAACAGCUUUGACAUUAAAACUCAGUAGAAUGUAAAAGUGGAUUACAGCCUUAUUAAUCUGGUCGAAGUCACAGAUAUAUGGAGCAUAAACGCAAUUAAAGACCUACUGAGGUCAAAGCAUUUCUAAUAUUUAAAGGGCUAAUUCAGAUAUUUCCUUACCGUCAGAUGUCUAGGUCGCAAGGAUUCCUGAAGCUGCAGCUAACAGAAACAACAAUGCAACAUUAAACCAGACUAAAACUAUUACUAUAAACGGGCACUUUAGCGUGCGUUUUGGCUCCCAAGAGGGCACCUUAGCACGCGUUUUGACUCCCAAGAGGGCACCUUAGCACGCGUUUUGACUCCCAAGAGGGCACCUUAGCAUGCGUUUUUCAUCAAUUGGGCAAUGUGGGGGGGGCGACUGCUUGAAAACAAAGUGGAAUAUGAACAUUGGUGCAAUAUAAUCUCAGACUCAUCUGGGUAUUGUUCUAUGCAAAAUAUAUGCUUAUAAAAAAUGUUCACAUUGUAAUUUUAACUCUGUGAAGAUGCCCAGAAACACCUCUUUAGAUCUGUACACAGGGAAGGGUGGAUGGUUUGAACAUAUGCAUCUCCCAAAUCUCUGACUUUGCACAUCAAACCAAAAGACUGGUUGAUACAACUUCCUGUCGGGUGUUUGGUUUUCCCCCAAAGUGGAAAUGAAACUGUUACAGACUACUCCACCCAAAAGAAAAAAUAUAGACAGAAUGGGCGUAUGUACAUAUGUAUAACCACAACAUCCUGACCGCAGCAAUGUGUGACUCCGAUACAUAUUUAAUUCAUUAGAAACAUAAAUACAACCAUGAAAUGUCCAGCUGCAUUAAAGUUAUAAAAAAUUAUAUAACCUGAUCGUCUCCUCUUGAUUCUUUGCACACAAAAGUUGUUUUAAAAAAUCAGUAAUUUCACACUAGUUUCACACUCACAGUUUCAUCACAUCAGGGCAAAAAUAUUUAAUCCGUCCUUUAAAACUGUCUUCCUGCAGUACAGCGGAUCUCCUGUAGAGGGCGAUCUGUGUCGGACUCAGGUGUUUAACAGACUCUGCUGCCCCCUGUGGGCUGCCCUUAGUACAACCAGACGUCUGUGCCAAAUAGGACGAAGCCACUUCAUUUUUACAAGUUUUACUGUUAACAUUCAAACGGCCGUACAUGUUUGUUUGUUUUUUCACAUUUAAAUGUAUUUGAUAAAACAACCAAUCUCACAGUCUGCAUAUCAUAAUGUCCAUGUUGUCUGUUGUUUUUCUUUUUUCUUCUUACAGUUGUUUUUAGUUAGUUUGUUUUUUUUCUUUUUUUAUCAGGGUGAAUGUUUAAUUAGUUGACUGUUAAUUCUCUGACAUUUGAUUUUGAACACAUUAAACAUCAACACGUUUAUUGUUUCAUGCUGAAGUGAUGCUGCUCGAACAUAAUUAACUUAGACUUGAGAAUGUCCCUUUUAUUUGCAGUGAAAAUGGCUUUUAACAGCAUUGUGACUAACAAAUAUGUCUGCUGGUAACCACAUGGACCUGAUAAUGUCAUUACCCUGUAUAGUGCUUGUUAAUACUCUGUUGUCAGAUUAUACAUUGUAUGUGACUGUUAAAAGCUACAA